CGUUCGAUUUCCUUGGACGCAUUACUUACUACUUGCUGCUGAAAAAUGACUGGACGCGGAAAGGGUGGCAAAGGAUUGGGAAAAGGAGGAGCGAAACGCCAUCGCAAAGUUCUUCGUGAUAACAUUCAGGGAAUCACGAAGCCAGCUAUCCGUCGUUUGGCACGUAGGGGUGGUGUCAAACGCAUUUCUGGCUUGAUUUAUGAAGAAACUCGAGGUGUCCUAAAGGUGUUCCUUGAAAAUGUCAUCCGUGACGCUGUUACCUACACCGAGCAUGCCAAAAGAAAGACUGUCACAGCCAUGGACGUCGUCUAUGCUCUGAAGCGGCAAGGACGUACCCUCUACGGAUUCGGCGGUUAAUUUCUACCUUCGUUUUUUAACUUACAAUACAAUCGGCCCUUUUCAGGGCCAA